AGAUUCACGUUUUCGUCAAGUCUAUCUAUACUACUUUAUUCGAUCAUCGUAUUGCUUUACAAAUUCCUUGAAUGUCAGGAUAUCUGUAAAGAACUUGAAUUGUUGCAAUAUAAGAAUAUGCUUGUUGAAAACGAUUCAUAUCAUUACUCUCUUCAUUACCAAUAUUCACAAAGGAUUCGUCUUGAUCAACCUCAUCCGAUUGUGGAUGGCAGUUUUGAUCUAACUGAUCUCACUGGAUCUGUUACACCGAAAUCCUCGCUCAAAUUUUACGAUACUGCUGUCUCUAAGAUUCAGAAGUUUAACAAACAGAACCAAUUUGGAUCACAGAUAUUCGCAAACAAUUUACUGGGACAAAUUAAAUAUUCUAUAGACGCCGAAAUACCUAAAGUAGAGCUUUUGGAUAAAGAGGAAUUUCUCGCCAUCAGAUGGUUUAUCAGAAAAGAGAGAAAAAGUCUUGAAGGUAAGUCAACUUUGAAUGAUCGUUCGAUCAUAUGUGAAAUAUAGACACUUACAUCUUCACUGAUUGUGAUUACUUACAAACUGCGUGAUGCGAUUCUCCUCAGAAACUGAAAAAUUAAGAAUAUAUUGCUGUUCUUGGUAAAAGGGCAGAAUCAUGGGUGAAAUCCAGUCACCGUUUAGUCACAUUGAUUAGAAUUUAGAGAACAAAUGAAAUGAAAUGAAGAAGACUAGAUUUGAUGAGUAAUAAAUUAAUCACCACCAAUGUUUUAAGUCCUUAUCUCAUUUUUGUUCUACUUUAAAUAAACGUUAUGAUCAGAAUCACUUAAUCGACUGAAGUGUUACCCAAUCAAUUGAAUUCACAAGUCCCAAUCGUAAACAAACACUCCAUAUUUCAUGUCAUAUAUACUAAGGCUUGAUACCUCUCCAACCAUCAGAUCUAAAUAGAACAUUGAUGAUUAUUUGUUUCAAUAAUAAUACUGCUUCACAAACUAAGCGUUCAACAUUCAUGUUGAAGAAUGAAUGCUUGUUUUUUAUAACAUGACGUUCAUUCACUUGAAAAUAUUUAUUACGAAUUCAACUGAAGAAAGUAUUUGAGAUGGCACAGUGAACAUUUUGUGAAUAGGCAUACACAGUGUUACAUCAAACAAUAACUUGCUUAUUUCUUCUUUUUCAAAUUCUAUGUGUACAUUACCUUCUCAUUGUAAGCCAAUGACGGCAGUGUAAUCACUCUGA